AUGCGAAGAAUCUUGUUGUUGACUCUCGCGGCGAUCGCGCUCGCUGAAAUAGUUGAGCCGGUUUUUGAAGAGGAAGAUUUAGCUCAAGUUGAGUUUAGCGAAGAUCAUGAAAGACAACAACGAGAAGCGUACGUUCAGGGGCCAUAUGAAGAGCAUGUUAGGGUUAAGAGAUGUAAAGAUGAACCAAGGGUUAAACGUGAUGCUGUAAGGAAUCCCCGUCAUAUCAAACAAUAUGAAGUUCACGAACAUCAUGAUGAAGGAUCUUUACCUUCCCCUCCGUAUGAAGAGAUGUUAGCUGCGAGCGCUGAGCAUUAUCAUAAAGUAUACGCACCGGAUCAACCGCGUAGUUUAAAUGAAGUGAAGCCUGGACCACUAACUUUUGGUGUACCUGCCGUGGAUCGAGCGGCACAGCUUUUACUUCCUGAGUCUGUAGCUAGUUAUGGUCAUGCUCAUCCUCAUGCCAAUUUUGCUCCAGCACCUUCGAACUCCGCAGCACCUGUGGGCUUUGUACCAUUAUCAGCGGCCCCGUUGACAGUGUCUGAUGAUUUAACACCUGCAGCUGGUUCUCAUCAGGAGAAGCAGCAUCCUCAUCAUCACGCUAACUCACGUGGAGGGGGACGUCAACAACACGGCAAACAUUACGCUGAACAUAGUGGAAAGACAUCCAAAGGCUCGAACUCCGAUCAAUACAUAGACAAGGGCGCCAAAGGCUUCAAGACUGAUGAGCGUCACCGCAAAGAGUUUGAGGAAGCAGCAGGUCAGAAGAAAAAACACCGGGAUGAAGCUGACCAUAAGGGAUCUCAUGAGGAAGAAGCCUUCGGAUCCCGCGGAGCUCACUUCGGUGAAAAGAAAGGACACAAGAAAGGACAUAAGACUAAAGGCUUCCACAACAAAUACCACAAGGACGAAUUCCACAAGGAACAUAAGUUCUACGACGACUAUCACAAAGGCGGAGAACAUCACAGAUACGGCAAGUUCAACGCCAAACACGCUAGUAACGAGAGCGGCAAGAAGAAGGUGCAUCACGUCAAUGCCGGUCAUGACUACACGGAACAUGGCAAAAAGGGAUAUAGUAACAAAGGUCAUCUAGAUGCGGACCACAAGGGAUAUAACGGCAAGAGCGGUCGAGAAGAACAUCAUGAGAAGCACAGUGAUGGUGGGAAGAAAGGUGGCAAGGAAGCUGGCUCCCACUGGGCAUAUGCUAAGAAAAAC